AUGGGCUCCGAACGCUUUCCAGUUCACCACAAUGGUAUAUACCGUAACCUGCCAACUUUCGACCCACGCAUCACCGGAUUGACAGCAGUCGUUACUGGAGCCAAUGGCAUAUCGGGCUUCCAUACUCUGCGAGUAUUGCUUGAGAGUCCCGAAAGAUGGCCGACUAUCUAUGCCUUGUCCCGCCGACCUCCUCCCACGGAGAUGCUAGCCCUAAUUCCGGAGUCUCAGCGAUCGCGCGUGCAGCAUGUAGCUGUGGACUUUCUUGAUGAUCCCUCCAAAAUUGCACAAACCCUGAAAUCAUCCAAUGUUAAAGCUGACUACAUCUUCUUUUAUUCCUAUCUCCAGCCUACGCCAUCUCCAGGUGCCCCUGUAUGGUCAAAUGCCGAGGAACUUGUCAAAGUCAAUAGCUCUCUGCUUGACAACUUUUUACAGGCUAUAACACUUGCCAAUAUCACACCCAGACGUUUCCUGCUCCAGACCGGCGCGAAACACUACGGCGUGCAAAUCGGUCGUCUCCGUACCCCUGCUAUUGAGUCUGAUCCUUAUUUAUCUCACCUGGAACCAAAUUUCUACUAUCCCCAGGAAAACUCACUAUUCGAAUACUGUAAAACAAACAAUACUUCCUGGAACGUCAUCCGACCAGCUUGGGUUCUAGGUGCUGUGACCAAUGCGCAAAUGAACGCGCUCUUACCUGUUGCAAUAUACUCAGCCGUGCAAGCUCAAAAAGGAGAGCCUAUAUUCUUUCCCAGCGACUGGGAAACGUGGCAAUAUGAAGGAUACCACUCGACAGCUUCAUUAACUGGUUACUUGUCUGAAUGGGCUGUACUGGAAGAAAAAACCAAGAAUCAGGCUUUCAACGCUCAAGACACCGCCCCCGUGACUUGGGACCGAUUUUACGAAGAGCUCACCCGCUGGUUCGGCGUCGAAAAGGGUAUUGUUCCACCAGAGGAAGACAUAACAAAGUUUGAGGAAUCAAUAGGAAAAGCUGGCGUUGACACGCCGAUUGGAUACGGUCCUCCAUUAGUACAUCGUACCACCUUUAAACUUGUGGACUGGGCCUCAAAGCCCGAAAACAAAGCGGCGUGGUUAGAGUUGCAGAAGAAAUCUGACGGCCAACUCACCGACAACCCGUUCGAUGAUGUCGAGGCGAAUUUUGCUUUUGGUGACCAGGCGUUCAGAAAGGUACCUAGUAUGUGCAUGAACAAAGCUCGACAGUUAGGCUGGACCGGCUUUGUGAAUACUAUUGAAUCUUUGUUCGAGAUAUACUCUGAACUAGGCGACUUGGGUAUGCUACCGCGGUUGAAAGUCGACAAGGCGAAACCGCUUAUCUGA